UAUUUUCUUGGGAGCUCAUCCUUCAACUACACUGCUUCUUGUUUGACAGAAAACAAAGGCCAGGAUAGAGACUAUUUUCUGUUUUCUUUCGACGACAAUACUUAUUCAUUAGUUGAAAGAAAAUUAAUCUCCUGCCAAGAUGAGGAAUUAAAACUAGGCGCCAAGCUUAAAAUAAAAAAUGGCGCCAAGGUUUUCAUGGGCCAUUUGGUGAAUAUGGGGUCCCAAGAGGAGAUGGAAAAAAUCAUCCAAUUACAAUACACACAAGCGGGUCAAAGCGGAAGAGGGCACCUGACUGCAGGGGAGCAAAAACAGUUUAAAGGCAGAGGGCUAACAAAAAAUAGAGCAGUGGAUUGUGCAGCUACAAUGGAUCAAGCUGAUCAUCAACCCAAGAACCGAUUCAAGAGACCAAUUGAAGAGGACUUUGUUGACAACAGCAGUGAAAGUGAUGACGAAUCAAUAAGAGCUGAACAGGAAAAAGUUGAAAAAAUAAUCUUAAACCUUGGGAAGAAGCCACUCUCCAACAUACCUGCUCCUACAGCCACCAUAACUACUGGUCAAAUGGAGAAAAGACUACUUAAUCUGGAGCGGGAAGUACAACAAAUCAAAGCAUCACUGGAGCAUGUAAAAAAAGAACUCAGGACCAGCAACGCCGUGCCAGCUGGGACAUGUUCCCCAAACAGUACUCCAUCUGGUUCAAAACCUCAUGAGAACAAGACUUUGACUCCUACAGCUGUCAGUAAGCCAGAAAUUUGGCAUAAUGGAAUUAACCUCCUAAAUGUUAAGGCACCACCUAAAGAGCCCCAGAAGUGUGCUCUGCACCUUCUUGACAAGUUGUUCACCAAAAAAGAACUUUCUGAGGGGAUCUUGUUCCAAUCAAAAAGAUCUCUCAAGCCACCUCUAGAUGAGGCUAGAGUGUCAAAAAUGUUUGAUGUUCUCAAUGCACAAUACACAGCUGAGAAAAUACAAAAGUACAGGCAGGCCAUAAUCGAUGCAUGCAAUCAAAAGUGCAGGGACGUGGCAAGGAAGGAAGCUGGAUCAGCAUUGAAAUGCACCAAUGACACUGACAACAGUCGACAAUAAAGGGCCUUUAAAAUUUGAAGCCCAAAUGUUAUUUUAAACAAAACAUUUCACAUUUCUUGUCUUAAAUUCUCAGUGAAUU